CGGGAAAGGUCAGGGGAAGCGGAGGCUGUGGAUGCUUUUUACCAAAAGCAAAGAAAACAACACGAAACAGAAAAGCGGGCAGCGCUCUGUGAAGCCUUACUGAUUUGCCUGCAUGGGCCAUGCAUGCCUGCUGGGCCAGGAAGCGCGUUUGGAGGCGGUUUCAGGGAAGGCAAGCGUGUGCUUCCUCGGCUGAGGAUGAACCUCUAGUCUUGCUUUUGAAAAAGCCACUCUGUGUAACUCUUGACUGUGAAUGCUUUUCUGCACACCUGUCGGGAGGAUCUCUGACAGAGUAUGCCACUUGAGAGGCCCUUCUGGUGACCAGAUACUGGGCAUUAGAGAAGAGAGGUGUUCCUGUUUUUGGUUUCCUGAGCAUUAUGAACAUUGACUUUCCACCCCUGAAGUAAAAAUGUUGAAAGCUGAGUCUUCAGGUGAACGGGGCACUCUCAGAAGUGCCUCUCCCCACAGGAAUGCAUAUAGAACUGAGUUCCAGGCCCUGAAAAGCACUUUUGACAAACCCAAGCCAGAUGGGGAACAGAAAGCAAAAGAGGGUGAGGGCUCCCAGCAAAGCAGGGGCCGGAAGUAUGGCUCCAAUGUCAACAGGAUCAAAAACCUGUUUAUGCAGAUGGGCAUGGAGCCCAACGAGAACGCCGCGGUCAUUGCCAAAACCAGGGGGAAAGGUGGGUCUUCAUCCCCGCAGAGAAGGAUGAAGCCUAAAGAAUUUCUGGAGAAAACAGAUGGCUCUGUUGUUAAGUUGGAGUCAUCUGUCUCCGAACGAAUCAGUAGAUUUGACACAAUGUACGAUGGCCCCUCGUAUUCCAAGUUCACAGAGACCCGGAAGAUGUUUGAGAGGAGCGUGCAUGAGUCAGGGCAGAACCACCGGUAUUCCCCAAAGAAAGAGAAGAGCGGAGGGAGCGAACCACAGGACGAGUGGGGCGGGUCCAAAUCCAAUCGAGGCAGUACAGAUUCCUUGGACAGCCUUAGCUCUCGAACUGACGCAGUCUCCCCAACGGUGAGUCAACUGAGUGCAGUGUUUGAGAACACCGAGUCCCCCAGUGCCAUCAUUCCGGAGAAGGCAGAGGGCAGUGAGUACUCGGUGACUGGGCAUUAUCCCCUGAAUUUGCCAUCUGUGACUGUGACAAAUCUCGAUACCUUUUGCCACCUUAAGGAUUCUGAUUCUUGGUCUCCUUCGAACAAACAAGAAGGGGAUGCUGAGGAUGCUGAGAAGAGUAACGCAACGCCGGGAGCAGAAGUGACUCCUAAGAGUGCCUCUGUAGCCUCCUUGCUUAGUGAAGAGGCACAGCAGAGCAAGGAAGCCGAGGACUGCGCAUCUAACCAAGAGACUCCGGACAGAACUGACAGAGACCUUCCCGAAGAACCUUGUGCUGACAGUAAGGCAAUGCCGAGGUCUACGGUCCUUUCUCCACAGAAUGACCCUUCAGGAGUUGCUGGAGCUCAUUCGGUUGGGACGGAGGCAGCAAAACAGCAGAGGAGAGAGAUGGCAACUGGUGGUCUCACCUCUGCCGAUGCCUCUCCAUCCAGCUAUGGAAGAGAAGUCCCUGAAGACUUCAGCAAUUUCGAGAGCUCCCAUGUGUACAUGCAUAGUGACUAUAAUGUGUAUCGGGUGAGGUCCAGGUAUAAUUCAGACUGGGGGGAGACAGGCACUGAGCAGGAUGAGGAGGAAGACAGUGAUGAGAACAACUACUAUCAGCCCGAUAUGGAAUACUCAGAAAUUGUCGGACUGCCAGAAGAAGACGAAAUCCCAGCUAAUAGGAAAAUCAAGUUUAGUAGUGCUCCAAUUAAGGUUUUCAGCACUUACUCGAACGAAGACUACGACCGGCGAAACGAUGAAGUUGACCCUGUGGCCGCCUCUGCCGAGUAUGAACUGGAAAAGCGGGUAGAGAAGCUGGAGCUUUUCCCGGUGGAGCUGGAGAAAGACGAGGACGGUCUCGGUAUAAGUAUUAUUGGAAUGGGUGUUGGAGCAGACGCCGGACUUGAGAAGCUGGGAAUAUUUGUCAAGACAGUAACAGAUGGUGGCGCUGCUCAGCGAGAUGGGAGAAUCCAGGUCAAUGACCAGAUCGUGGAGGUGGAUGGAAUCAGCCUGGUGGGUGUCACACAGAAUUUUGCUGCGACGGUUCUGAGAAACACCAAGGGCAACGUCAGAUUUGUUAUUGGGAGAGAAAAACCAGGACAAGUGAGUGAGGUUGCGCACCUGAUAAGCCAAACCCUGGAGCAAGAGAGGCGCCAGAGAGAGCUGCUGGAGCAGCACUACGCGCAGUACGACGCGGACGACGAUGAGAGCACUGUGGCUGAAUUGCAAGGAGUAUCUGGCAACUUCAGUAACAAUAACAGCAAUUGCCUUAAGACAGGAGAAUAUGCCACGGAUGAAGAAGAGGAUGAGGUGGGACCUGUUCUUCCUGGUGGUGACAUAGCCAUUGAAGUCUUUGAGCUGCCUGAGAAUGAUGACGUGUUCUCUCCGUCAGACCUGGACACAAGCAAGCUCAGCCACAAGUUUAAAGAGUUGCAAAUCAAACAUGCAGUUACAGAAGCAGAGAUUCAAAAACUGAAGACCAAGCUCCAGGCAGCAGAAAAUGAGAAAGUGAGGUGGGAACUAGAAAAAACCCAACUCCAGCAGAACAUAGAGGAGAACAAAGAAAGAAUGUUAAAAUUGGAGAGCUACUGGAUCGAGGCUCAAACUUUAUGCCACACGGUCAAUGAACAUCUCAAAGAGACACAAAGCCAGUAUCAGGCCUUGGAAAAGAAGUACAACAAGGCCAAGAAAUUGAUCAAGGAUUUUCAACAAAAAGAGCUUGAUUUCAUCAAAAGACAGGAAGUGGAACGAAAGAAAAUAGAAGAUUUGGAAAAAGCUCAUCUUGUGGAGGUUCAGGGCCUGCAAGUGCGGAUUAGAGAUCUGGAAGCUGAUGUGUUCAGGCUCCUGAAGCAAAAUGGGACUCAAGUGAACAACAACAACAACAUCUUUGAGAGAAGGACGUCUCUUGGUGAAGUCUCUAAAGCAGACACCAUGGAGAACUUGGACAUCAAGCAGACACCUUGUCAGGAUGGCCUCAGUCAAGACUUGAAUGAAGCAGUUCCGGAGACAGAGCGCCUGGAUUCCAACGCACUGAAAACUCGUGCCCAGCUCUCCGUGAAGAACCGGCGCCAGAGGCCCACCAGGACAAGACUGUAUGACAGUGUCAGUUCCACAGAUGGAGAGGACAGCCUGGAGCGAAAGCCUUCAGACAGUCUCUGUAACCACAUGCAUGCUACCAAAUCAUUCCUACCCAAGGGUCCGAGAACUUCCCUGGAAUCAGAUUCUGGGGUUCCGCCCCUCGCCCCAGAGGCCAGCCCCACACCCUUGGCUGACCACAUAGCCGCGCUCCAGGAAGAACCGCCGCACCCAGAAGGGGGGCCUUUUUCCUCUGUCUGGGGAGACACUUCCUGCUCUUCUCCUUCAAACUGUGACCGCGACCCGGAAGACUCUCCCCGCCUCGCACAGGCCACCCUGGAGGAAACGGUAGAAGAGAAAGAUGAUGCCAAGUGCCCCACAUCGCUAAGGGCAUCCAGCCCAUUGGUGGUGCAAGGAGGAAAAAUUAAGCGGAAGUUUGUGGAUCUGGGGGCCCCUUUGCGAAGGAAUUCCAACAAGGGAAAGAAAUGGAAAGAAAAAGAAGCCAGUAGGUUUGCUGCAGGUAGCAGGCUCUUCAGAGGCAGGCUGGAAAACUGGAAGCCCAAGCCACACUCAGCAGCCCAGGCGGCCAAUCACUCCCCCUGCAUGCCUUUCUCGUGGUUUAACGAAAGCCGGAAAGGAUCCUAUUCCUUCGGGAACCCGCCUUCACCUACAAGUCCCUUUCAGCCUUCUCCUGAGACUCUAAUUUCAGAUAAAACGAGGUGCAAGAAUUUUACUUUCAAUGACGACUUCAGCCCCAGCAGCACUAGUUCGGCAGACCUGAGCGGCUUAGGAGCAGAACCCAAAACCCCGGGGCUGUCUCAGUCCUUGGUGCUGUCGUCAGAUGAGAGCCUGGAUAUGAUAGAUGACGAGAUCCUUGACGAUGGACAGUCUCCCAAACACAGUCAGUGUCAGAGUCGGGCCGUUCAUGAAUGGAGUGUGCAGCAGGUUUCUCACUGGCUAAUGAGCCUAAACCUGGAGCAGUAUGUAUCUGAAUUCAGUGCCCAAAACAUCACUGGAGAGCAGCUCCUGCAGUUGGAUGGAAAUAAACUUAAGGCUCUUGGAAUAACAUCGUCCCAGGAUCGAGCACUGGUCAAAAAAAAACUGAAGGAAAUGAAGAUGUCCCUAGAGAAAGCUCGGAAGGCCCAAGAGAAAAUGGAGAAACAAAGAGAAAAGCUAAGGAGGAAGGAACAGGAGCAAAUGCAGAGGAAGUCCAGAAAGGCGGAGAAGAUGACAUCAACUGCAGCAGAGGGUGCUGGUGAGCACUAAAGUGCCCCCUCUUCCUGUCUGCCCGUCUCCUCCAGUGGACGAAGAAGGAACUGACGUUGGGGGUAACGCUGCUCGAGGCAGACUGAGGAACCCUGUGCUGAGUGACUGCAUUUUCUGCAAUAGGAAAAGGCACUCUUACAUUUACCCUCCAGAAAUAACCCCAAGCCACCUGUGGUUUCUUAGCAAACCAGAGAUCUCACUUGUGAGAGAUGCAAAGUCGCUAACGCUCUCACUCUCCUACCUACCAACAUCCUGUGCUGUGCUCUGCCGCUUGGAGAACCUGCCGGCAGGAGCACAGCUCCCCCUGGUGUUGCCAAGGGAGCACCCAGCACAGUCGGUGGGAUCCUGAACCUGGGCAGCUGUCAUGAGAUCUGGGAUCGGUGCUGCUCCUAGGGCUGCAGGAUCCAGUCCGUGUGUGGGAGAGGCUCCCUCUCACUUCUGUGUCUGGACAGCGAGCUAGUCCCACUGUGGAAGUGUGGCUGUCCUGCCACAUAAUUACCUGCAGAGGUAGAGAGCACGCCUACUGUUCUGCUUGCUGGGCAUCAGAAAGAGAGAAAAAAUGAUAGUUACUUAACUAUAUAGGAGAGGAAAAGCCUUAAGAAUGGGUAUGUGGUAAUACCUUGAGUUUCUGAGGGUAACAUUUAUCCUCUGGAUAUUGCUAAAGAAAGAAAAAAGUCAGACCUUAAUGCAGCUAUGGCAGGUUGGGAUCUGUUGUUUACUUUGCUCCCGCUGAGUGUUCAGUAUUUUAGCAACACUGGCAAACAUAGUACAGUUCCUCUUCUCCCCCAGCAAAUUGAACAGGAGAUUGAUUUUUGAAGGAAACCAACAUUUUCAGGUUUCUUCUCCUGGGGAACAUUUCAGCUGGUCCUUCACCUGCCUAUGACACAACCAGGAACUUGACACUUAUUUUCUACUCAAAAUUUCCCAAGUGGACUCAGUGUUUUAACAAAUGUACUUUUAAGAAAAAUAGAAAUACCAGUUAGAGAAAAAUUUAGAUUUGAGUAACAUUCAACCGUGGAACCAUACAGAAUGUUCCUGCAAAGGAAAGCUGUCAGUUGCAUUUUAGAGAUGUUUUGAACGGUUUCUCUGAGCCAUUCUCUUCCAUACCCUAGAGAUUUGCGCUUACCAGUUUGUUUAAGGCAGCACAUGGGUUACAUCGAAGCGGUGGGAGAACUUAUGCUUAUUUUAAAGCCAGCGUUAAAGAUUUUGGUAUUUGACCAACCUGAAUCGAAUGCAGGAGACUGGGGCAGACGGAGGAGAAAAUACACUCAUCUUGAGAAAUCUCAAACUAUGAGGGCUUUUAAAAAUGUCCUUUGUUUUGCUUCUUACGCUUACUCUCAUUCUCUUUGCUGCAUGAGCUCCAAAAAUGAGGUCCUCACUUUCCAGUGGACACGUUUCAGGGUAAGACUUGAGGUCACAGGAGUCCUUGGGCAGGUGUUUCCCUUCCCGUGCGGCCUGGGCUGCCCGCUCUGCUCGGGGUGCUGGCCGGCGGCUCUCGAGGCCUGCGUGUAACAGAGAGUGUAAGGAAAUCUUCCCCAAGUGGCCCCAUUUCUCAUGUUUAACGGUGUGAGCUUGUUUAUUAUUACUAUUUUUUAAUACCUGAGUCCUGGAAUUAGGUCUGUCUCCUUCUCUGUGCCAGAGAACUGUGUGUUAAGCUUCAGCCCUUUUGUCAUUAGGUCAGAUCAUUCAUUUGGUCUCAAAAGUGUUGGCACAGAGCAGCACUGUGACGACCAGAGUCACUGUCACAUUUUUCUGUCUGCACGAAGAAAAUGCCACACCAGAUACCUGUUAAUAUACUGAGGUAUCUGGUGCUUUGCUGUUUGUUAACAUCACGAGAAACCGGAAGCUGCUAUUAAAAGUCAGCAGGUGUUCCCUAAUGCAGAAGACUAAAUUUGAUUAGAAGGUUAAAUUAAAGAUUUAAUCUUUAAAGACAAAGAUUAAAUUAAAUUAGAAAAUAUCUCGUAAUAUUAGUGCUUGCUAUUGUAAAUUUUUGCAAUUUUUGUUUUUCUGUGGAAAACAAAAAGUAACCUUGGACCACACUGGAAAUUUCACUGUACUGAUUCAAGAAUGGAAAUAGAAGGGCAAUUAUUUUAUGUUUACACUUUGGUUAUAUUUGGAAAUUUAUGUAUAUAUUGGAAAUGUCUGUAAGUGUGUCUCUGCCCAUAAUUUAUGAUCUGUUGUAUUUUCUUAAAUGUAUAGUAUUGUUCCUUAUUAUAACUUUAUUUGUAUACUUCCUUGUUCAGAUUAAUAUCCAACUGAAAUGUUACAAAUCACAUUCUUGGUCCUCGGAUUAUUUAGUUGGUGUUGUAACCAUUUUGAUUUUAAUUAAAUUACAGCAGUCUUAAGUAUACGAGUUCAUUUAACCUCAGUACUUAAAACUGCUGGACUUGUAAAAGGCACUUGAUGUGAUUGCCCGGCAAAGGCCAAAAUGUAAACUGAUGGUUACAAAGUGAAGGACCUCAGAUCUUGUAAGCACUCUGUUUUCCUAUUAUUUCUCUCCGUGGUUGUAGUGCAUGCCGACUGAUUCAGGUUCUAAUGUCUUGCACAGCUCCUACUUCAGUGCUAGUGUUUCCCAGUGUCCCUAUAAUUUGACACAGAUUUGUCGCUUCAUGAACCUUAAAGACUUUGCAUUUUUUAUUAUCAAAAAAUGACCAUAAAGGGAAUACGUGAUUACUUUGAAAUAUAUUGUAGGAAAGAACAGCUCAGCAUGGCUCCGCCAAUAGCCAGAGGUGUUUUGGGGCCCAUGGGCCACGCUUUGGAGGGAAGGGUGUGUGGGGAGACCGGGCUGUAGACAGGGAGCGCGGUGGGAAUGGUGUGUGGGCAGGUUCCGCGGAGUAGCUUUACAGCAGGUUACUCUGCUUGAGGCUGUUAAAGUACUGCUGUUAUGCAGUGGCCCCUCUCUCUUCAGCUGGUGCACAGUGGGGAUGUCUGUCCCGUGCUCUUUUGCUGUUGGGAGCAAAAUGGAAAGAAGGGCCAUGAGAACAGGUUGGCCCCAGCCGCUACCUGUGAACUAGGGUCAUUUAACUAGAAAUCCUGAAAUACUCCAGGCCCAGGCUACAAGAAUGUCCACAAGUCAUUUGAUCAAGCAACACAGCCUUGAGGAUUUUUGCUGAUGAGAAAGGAACCUCCUGAGUGAUCCUUGUGCAGUAAGAUUAACAUAUUCUUGAAAGUUACAUUCUAAGAAGGUAAAUGGAAAUUGCAUUUAGGCAGAUAUUUUAAAUCAUUUAUAACCAUGGAAGGUUAGAAUAGACUGAACUUCCAAGGACAAUGUUAACCAGUGUGUCCAGGAAAAUUCUGGAGGAAAGAGUCCCAACACUUGGGAAAGAAAUGUCUGUACUUUGGAAAUGUUUGAGCCAUUUCAUUACAUAGAGAUAUUUUAAAACUAGCAAAUUGUACUUGAGUAACUCCAGGUAUUCUCCGUGGAACUAGAGCCCAGGGGCGUGCUGCUGGGACAGAUAAGCAGUCAUUGAUGUGUGUGUGACUUGCUUGAGCGCUCAGACUAAAAAGAUAAACUGGAAAUGAAAAGCCCACCUUUUCCAUUUCUUUCUAAUUCACUUUUAGCCAAGGACCUCCCUGUGCACAGCUCUAAGGCUAAUUAUUUAAGGAUGAGGGACAGAAGUAAUAUGUUCAUACUUUCUACCAGAAUUGUUCUCAUCACACUAGGGCAAGGGAGGGCACACACUCAAAAGAAUGCAGUAUGGUAGGAAAUCUAAACAUGCUCAGAUGUCUGCUCCUGAAAACCAGCCUAGGUAUGUUGGCAGAUUUUGUGCGCUUUUGUUUUGAGUAUUUUAAAGUCUCAGGAAAUACAGGCUUGAUCCAAAACACUUGGGGGAGAAAACACAUUUUAAGUAGCAGCAUAGACUAAGCCCAACUGAGAAGCCGGAGGGAAGAGAAAAUAGUUACAAAUUAAAUUCCUCCUGGGAAGUAAGAGCAAGUCCUAUCGAUGGUAGGUAGAAGGUCCUUCUGUGCUCGUACGUGGGCAUCGGUGGGUUUGUGGAGCAGAUGAUUAGUAUUGGAAGGUUCACAUAUGGGAGUGGGGCCCGAGCACAGCCUAGGACCCAGAUCCUCAGAGGAGGGAAGGAAGAAAACACGAUGCUUCCCAGUCCUUGGCCCCAAGCCCAGAACCACUUGGGAAUCGGUAGUGAAAGUUAGGUAAGGGAUAAGAGAACAACCGAUAAUUUCUCAAUAACGUGCAUGCCAUUUGUGUAGCGCUUCAGAAUUACGUAUGUGUGAAUAUAUCUCCCACCCUACACGUGUACAUCACAAUCCCAUGGCAUAAAAACACCUAAUCUGGAGCCUGGUAAUGGCACUUAGGACCCUGAGCUGUAACCAUAGCCUUACUGCCACUUUUUGUGACGUCUGUACUUUGAAUAGCCCUUUGAUUUUAAGAUUUUUUAAUUGUAAGUAUUACUACUAAACGCUGUUACCCUUCUACAUGUCCAAAUAUUUUGAUAAAACUGAUUGAUCAGAUACUUGGUAUUUUAGUAAGAUAAAACUUCAAGUGUUUGCUUAAUGCUUUCAUGUCAGCAUUGCACUUUUAUGAGUUAGAGCUCAGAAGAUAUUUAUGCAGCGUUUUAACUGUGGACCACAGUUUUCUUGGCUAAAAAUUGCACUACGUUCUUGUGCGUUGACUUCUAAGAUGACGUCAGUAGCUGUAAUGCUAAAAUCACUACUGCCUCUGCUGGCGGUGUAGCCAUCAUUAAAUGACCAUUUAUUUACUGAUUGUGCCAAAUAAUGGCAUUUUGGUCAUUCAAUGCUGAGUAAUGGCAUUUUGGUUGUCACCAAAAAUAAACCAAAUGGUUGUGAGUGUGUGUUGUUGGAAGGUGUACACUGCUGUUUCGUUCAGCUCUUUGAGUCAUACACCUAGGUUUUCUGUUCAGGAUUUAAUCAUUCAAAUAGUUGGCCAGAAUAGGCUACCUGAAAAUGUCAAGAAGAGGCACUCCAGCGUACAUACCACCUCCCAACAGCAUCAGAUUUAGUUAGUGCUUAGUGAGAUUCCUUCAGUGUAUAUGUGUAUGCUUUCCUCAGUAUUAUUUAAUGUCGGAACUACUGCUUUUGUGUUUUUACUGGUGUUGCAGUUAAACCACUAGCACACCUGCUACGUAUUACUAACAAAAUGGGCAGCUGAAAAGUAAGGGAGAAAAAUUUCUGUUCUGUAAGGAUUUGAUUUGCUUUCUUUUUUCUUGACCACUAAAGGAAAAGAAUUGUUUGAAAAUAACUUUGAGUCCAAAAAGUAUGGGCUGCAUGUUACCUGAAACUUUUAGUUUGUUCACUGCUCAUUUGCAUGGAAGAGGCGAUAGUGCCCGAAUUGUUCUCUUGUGCUUGGUUAAUAUGUAUUGUUUCAAAGGACAUUCCUUUCGCUUUUGUUUUCAGAGAUAUUCAGAGCAAAAUAUAACAGUGGUCCUUUAUUUUCUGAACAAUCUAAAAAUACCUGUGAUUCAGUUUAAUUUGUUAGUGUAAAUAAACCUCUUGCCAAUGAGUAUUAUUGUUAAGACGACGAAUGCAAUAAAAAGAGAAAUACGGA